UCCGGUCAUAAAAAAAUGUAUAGAAAAAGCAAAAAUACUCCGUGAAUAAGUUGGUGGCGUCUGAGAGAGAGAGAGAGAGAGGAAGUUUGAGCGCAGAGAUCCAUAAAAACGACACCACUUUGAUUCUCUCACCGCUCACUCUCAGAUUCAUUCAUUACAUAUACAUACAAACGCACACUGUUCUCUCUUCUCCUUUAACCGCUUCUUCUUCUUCUUCCUCCUUUCCAAGUUGCUUUGCUCUCGACAACCAAUUUGUAUAUACAGAGUAUUGUUAUUGUUAUAUAUAAAUAGAAUAGAUAGGUAUAGAGAGCUGAGUUUGGAGAUAGGAAGUGUAUAGAUUGGGAAUUGGAGGGAGAAUGGGGUCGUCGGCGAUGUCGUCGUGGUUGAUGUCAGCAUGCAUGAGAGUUGGCUGCGGGAAGGAGAAUGAGAAGGUGCUUUUUGAGUGUUCGUCGAUUUGCUCGAGGCCGGAGAGUGGAUUGGGUUCAGUUGCUUGUCGGAGUAGUAGUUGUGGGAGUAUUAUGAGGAGAAGUAUUGGCCUCUCUUCUUCCGAUUCUGGAUUUGUGGAUAAUGCCUUCUCUUCGCUCUCCGGAUGCAGGAGGCGCAGUAAAUCUAGCGGCGUUACUCACUCUGCAGAGGUAAUGGCAGCUGUCGUGCAACCUGCCAUGGAAGUUGCAACUAAGAAGAAACCAUCCACCAAGGAAAGGCGAGUAGUUGUGACUGGGAUGGGUGUUGCGACACCAGUUGGUCAUGAACCCAAUGUCUAUUAUGAAAACCUUCUUGAAGGUGUUAGUGGCAUAAGUGACAUAGAGACUUUUGAUUGUUCCCAGUUUCCAACAAGAAUUGCUGGAGAGAUCAAGUCCUUCUCGACUGAUGGUUGGAUUGCACCAAAGCUUUCAAAAAGAAUGGACAAGUUUAUGCUUUACAUGUUGACUGCUGGGAAGAAGGCAUUGGCUGAUGCUGGAAUUAAUAAUGAUUUGAUGGAUGAAAUGGAUAAAAAGAAAUGUGGAGUUUUGAUUGGCUCUGCUAUGGGUGGGAUGAAGGUUUUCAAUGAUGCAAUAGAGGCUUUGAGGAUUUCAUACAAGAAGAUGAAUCCUUUUUGUGUACCUUUUGCUACUACUAACAUGGGUUCUGCCAUACUUGCAAUGGAUCUGGGUUGGAUGGGACCAAAUUAUUCAAUUUCGACUGCAUGUGCUACAAGCAACUUCUGUAUAUUGAGUGCUGCUAACCACAUCAUUAGAGGUGAAGCUGAUGUGAUGCUUUGUGGUGGAUCUGAUGCGGCUAUUAUACCAAUUGGUUUGGGUGGGUUUGUAGCUUGCAGGGCACUUUCUCAGAGAAACAAAGAUCCUACUAAAGCUUCACGACCCUGGGACAGUGGUCGUGAUGGAUUUGUCAUGGGGGAAGGAGCUGGGGUUUUACUCCUGGAAGAGCUCGAGCAUGCCAAGAAAAGAGGUGCAACUAUAUAUGCUGAAUUUCUCGGUGGAAGCUUCACUUGUGAUGCUUAUCACAUGACAGAGCCUCAUCCCGAAGGCACCGGUGUUAUCCUAUGUAUAGAGAAGGCCUUAGCUCAGUCUGGGGUAUCUAGGGAAGACGUGAACUAUAUAAAUGCACACGCAACAUCCACACCAGCUGGGGAUCUCAAGGAGUACCAAGCACUUGUUCAUUGUUUUGGCCAGAAUCCGGAGUUACGAGUGAACUCAACAAAAUCAAUGAUUGGUCACCUUCUAGGAGCAGCUGGUGGUGUGGAGGCUGUAGCAACUGUUCAGGCAAUUCGGACUGGAUGGGUACAUCCAAAUAUUAAUCUUGAAAACCCAAGUGAUGGUGUGGAUUUAAAGUUCCUUGUCGGCCCCAAAAAGGAAAAACUUGACAUCAAAGUAGCAUUAUCGAAUUCAUUUGGAUUUGGUGGCCACAAUUCAUCGAUAUUAUUUGCUCCAUACAAGUAAUAGAUGCAUGAAAAGACUGGCCUGUCUACUAUGGUCGGCCCCAAUGGUUAAAGCAAACGAAUUUCAUACAUCAGUCUGGAUUCCAGAUCACUGUGAAGUUCCUAAAACAUGCUGCCUUUUUUGAAAGCUAUUGUUGUCUCCUCAACGAACCAGACAGCUCUCCUAUGCCGUAUGCUUUUUUGUUUUUCUUAUUCUACUCGCCCCUAGCAAAACCUGUGUUUCUUCUGUAUGAUUUUUAGAGCUCGAUUAAGUAGUGUGCCCUUUGUAGUGGGGAAUUGGUAGGGAGAACUUUUCUUCUCCGUAGUUGGUAGACCAACCUGUUUCUCUUGUGGAUUUUGGAUUAAUGUCUUUUUAGCCUGCUAGCAUAUGACUAUAGUCUAUAGUAGAGUAAGGCCAAGAGUACAUUCUUUACUUUCUUGGAAGAUGGUACAAAUAGCGCGUGUAAGCAAAUUUACUCUCCAUUUGUAGUUUGCAAAUUUCAGUUGAUAUCUGAAUGAUUUGUAUUGCCCAA